AGACGGACCUGCUUCCUGUUUUGAAACGAGCUGGCCGUUGUCACUCGUGAUGAUGUUGAUGAUGAUGUUAACGGGUUUUGUUAUUGAGCUGCACUGAUCGCCCUGCUGAAAGCAUGUCUGUGAGCUCGGGCUGCAGUACGGUGCUGAUGUCGGUGCGCGUGUCGGUUCGGCCGCUGCGCGUGGGCUCCGACUCUCUGCGGCUGCAGCUCAGCAUGAACGCGAGCCGCGCGGGAGACUUCACGCUCACGCUCAGACACACCGACCGCGGAGGACGCAGCGUGUCUCUAGCAGAAUUUGACCUGCGCUCAGUGAAGUAUGAGGUCACAUCGGCUCGAUGUCACGAACUGCGUCUCAGCAAGCCACCCCAGGACAGCCUCACAUUUACCUUCCGCAGCGAGCAGGAGGCUCAGGAGUGGGCCACUGUCAUGAUGUCUUCACUGCGAGAGGCACACAGAGUUGCCAACAUUUCACAUCUCUCACAUGAUGGACUGCAGUAUGUGAAGUGUGAAGACAAAAGCGCUACCUUGUCAAUGUCAACUAAAGAAGAGUUGUGUAUAGAGCUUUCCCAAGCAAUAGAGGCUGGUGAUACUCGUGCAGCGAUGCGGUACGCCUCAGAUCUGGCUCAGCAUCAAAUAGCACUGACUAUCCAGCCAUCGCAGAGGGACGCGGAGGAAGGCGAGAUAAGUUUAGCUGUUGUCGUAGAGGAUGCAACGUCAUCUUGUUGUGUCACUGUAAAAAUCCUUCCCCAUAUGACUGUUUCCUCUCUGAAGCAGCAGAUGUUUCUUGAGUAUGGUUUUCACCCCAAGGUGCAGCGCUGGGUGAUCGGACAGUGUCUGUGCGCUGACGUCCGUUCCUUAGCGUCGUAUGGCAUCUGUAGAGAUGGUGACACAGCAUUCCUCUACCUCCUGUCUGCCCAUCACGCCUGUCUCAGUCAACAGCAGUGCCAGCAGGAGCGAGAGAACGCCGCCCUAUUGCUGACACCGCCACCAAACCCCACAGCUGCCCUCACGCCAGCCUGCAGCAGCAGCCCUGUUAGCCAUGACUGGAGAGGAUACAGCACGCUACCUCCUCGAUUUACUCACAGCAGCUCAGGUGGUAGUGGCACAGAGAAACCUAACGUCAAUGACAUCAUUAACCUUGAUAUUUUGCAACCCGGAGGGUCCAAACUGAAAUCCAGUAACACACAGUUGGGGUGGUCCUGCCCUUCCUGUACAUUCAUAAAUAAAUCCACAAGACCAGGCUGUGAAAUCUGUAGCACAGAUCGACCCAACCCUCCAAAUCACUGUAGCAUUCACCAGGUUCCUUCGCCCUACUAUGAAAAAGUAAGAAGAUCUGAUAAGUGAAACUGGGUUGCAAAUACAGUUACAGACACCAAAACUCUAAACUGUCAUUCGUAUGUAUGUGUGGGAAAGUGUGAGUUAGGUUUCAACAAAGCUGAAACUCACACAGUGGCUAUAUAGCUUAUAAUGAAAAUUCUGUCAUAAUUUAUUCACGUUCAUGUAAUUGAAAACCCUCUCAAAGGAAGAUAUUUUGAGGAUUGAUUCAGUGAUUUUGUGUCCAUACAGUGGAAGUCAAUGGGGUCCAAUGUUGUUUGGUUAUCAGCUUUCUUCAAAAAAAUCUUCUUUUGUAUUCUGCAGAAGAAAGAAAUGUAAACAGGUUUAGAAUGAUUUUAGAAAUUAUUUUCAUGCUUGGGUGAACUAUUCCUUCAGUAAACUUGGUUUUCCAGAUACCCUGGAGUUGGAGAUGACACUGCCUUGCCAAAAAUAAAGCCGUGCCCUGUAAUAUUUUGUUGGACAGACAUUUGUCAUGCCAUUCUUUCAACAACCUUAUCCAAUGUGCAGCAUUUGUUUUGUCCAGAGUUGAUUAUUUUUUUCGACAAGAUCUUAUAUUUAUGACAGACGAGUCAAAGCAAAUCAAGCAAGUCUUCACCAGGACAUCCCAAAGACUUGAAAAUAAAUGGUUUCAUUGUUGGUUUUAGCUUGAUUCAGGUUCUAUAGUGAUCUCUUUGCUCAUUUCAAUCUAAAUGAAAUGACUCUUUUUUUUUUUUGGCCAGGCAGUUUAUUUUUGUUAUCUGUCUUGCAAGGAAGGAGAUAUACAGUGUUAGUGCAGUUCGAUGUGUAAGAAACCACAACACUCUAAAAUCUUUCCACCUAUUUUAUCUUUAGAACGGAACGUAAGUAUUUAAAUCACGACUACUGCUGUAACAUGAAAUUGCUUACAUUAAUUUGAUGAGGUAAUGUAAAACCAUACUGUAUUUUGCCAUGACUUAUCACAUCAUUUUUUGACAGUGAAGUCAUGUUUUUACUUGACAUUUUAGGAUGUACACAGUGUGCAAGUCGACAAAUAUGAUUUCAACAUACCCAGGUUUAGUUAAGUUCACUGGUCUCUGUGGGUGCUUCGGUUUUAAAUGUGAUCUUUAUACAUUGUUCACCUAAACAUCGUAACAAGGCCAACACACAUGGUUGGUCAUCCAACAGUGUAAAUGUUCAUUAAUGCAUGUGAUGUCCAUUUUUUUGACAAAGUAACUGACUUAACAUUGAAGCCUUUGUUUAUGUUUGUAAUAGCUUUAUUCAGACACAGGGUUAUGAAGUGCAUUUAUUUUUAUAUAUAGCUUAUUUAAUGAAAUCUAUGGUUUUUAAUAUGGUUGCAUAUUAAUUGUGAAAUGAAUUCAGUGUUUAUUGUAAACUGUUGUGAGAGACUGCCAGUGUACAUGCGUUUCACCAUGGCAUUGCUGUAAAUAAAUGUAAAUGGAAGAAAAUGU